CAUAUUAUACUAAAGUUUUAUGCUCAUUUUGCUCAUUGGCUAUUCAGUAUUAUUUAACAUUUUCUUUAUUUAUUUAUUGUGAUUUAUAAAUUAUUGUUACUUAGAAGUGCCAAGUGGUUGCUAAUUGCUAAUCAGUACUUACUACUUGUUAGUUGCUAAAACUAGAACUUGUUUUAGGUGGUGUCUUUUUUAUUUAGCCACUAGUAAUCCUACCUAUCAACAUUCAACUUUUUUUCUUUUGAUUUCGUGCACUGCGACGUAAACAUAGAAGUUUCUAAUCAUGGAAUCAGAUAAAUCAACUUUUCAACCUAUAGACUUAGUGGGCAAAGUUAUUAUUAAAGUUCAAUUAGGCGAUGACAUAAGAAAAGUAUUAAUUCACAAUGAGUCUAUUACAUAUGAUGAAUUAUUAUUAAUGAUGCAGCGAAUAUUUAAUGGAAAAUUAACAGCUAAUGAUGAUCUCACUAUCAAAUACAAAGAUGAAGAUGGAGAUUUAGUAACUGUAUUUGAUAGUCAAGACUUAUCAUUUGCUUUACAAACAAGUAGGGUCUUAAAAUUGCAAGUAUUUAUGAAUAAUUUGAAUUAUCAAGAACGACUGAAAUCAAAACUAAAUGCUGAUGAACUUAAAAAACAACUGCGAGAAAUAAGAGAUGCUGUCACAUGGUUAUUAGAUACAAUUGAAAUUACCAAUGAAGGAAACAAUAAUAAUAUGUCAAAUUCUAUACAACAAGAACCAGUAAAUAUUGCAUCACCAGAAAUACCAACAGAUAAUGGAGUUACUAAAGAAUUUGAUCCAUUACGUAAUUCUAAAGAAGAAUGUUCAAAAACUCCUCAAACUCCACAACCAGUUAAAUCUGAAGUAUCUCAGGAUAAUUUGGCUGUAUCUCAACCUCAAAGACAAACACCGCCAGUUCAACAGCCUCAAAUUAUAUAUAAUGGACAAUCUCAAGCCAAUAUGAAUCAACACAAUCCUUACUCUGGAGGGCAAAUCCCACCACCACUAGGGCCUCAGACUAAAUGGGUGAAUCCUUAUCAGCAACCAGGAAUGCGUGCGUCCUAUCCAACUGCUCAAUACUCUUACCUAUAUUCGGGACAGAUACCAGCAUCUGGUUAUUCUCAAAUAACAGCACAAAUGAAGCACCCUACUGGAAAUCAGCCUGGUCAUUCGUUGUAUUAUCCGACUAAUACAACCCCUAAUCCUCAAUAUUCUACUUCUCAGUAUCCAGGACAAUAAUAAAAAGUUACUAUAGUAAAAAUAUCAACUGAAUGGACUGAUUUACCCAUUUGAAAUAUUUAUAAAAUAUAAAUAUAGUAUUUUAUAAGUACAUUCAAAACUUGUUUCAAACUUAAAAAUAGUUAUUGUAAGGACAAAAUUGAAUGGUGUUGAAUGGUUUAUUAAAAAAGACAAAUGUUUAAUUAAUA